AUGGCUGGACGUUUGCUUGUGUUCGACUUGGAGCGCAAUGGCAUACGAACGGUGAAGCUGCGUCAAGCGCGGCCUGAUUGCAAGACCUGCAGUCGCGUCAACCGGAUCACACCCGAAGAUGUUAAGAAAACAGACUACGUCGACUUCUGCGGUGCUUUUGUCCACAACGCGUCACGAUCAGCAAACCUACAGAAGUCCGACACUCGUAUUUCAGUUCGGGCGCUAAAAGAAAUCCGUGACUCAAAAAAACCUCAUCUCCUCAUUGAUAUCCGACCUGUUGUUGAAACCGAAAUUUGCCGUCUCACUGACUGUCUUUAUAUACCGUUUAACGAAUUAUACAAAGAGUCAAACUUAACACUCAUCAGGGACCGAAUCCGAGCCGCUCAUGAAGUCUCUCCAAACACCCCUUUUCCGGUUAUUUUGCUGUGCCGUCGCGGCAACAAGUCGCAUGCAGCGUGUAAGCAGUUCGCCGAGGCUCUAGAACGAAUUCUUCCUCGGAGCGCGUCGAGUGGUGAUCUGACCUCGCUUGUAAACGGCGACGCGAAGCCAGUCAUCCCCAUCAAGUUUUUGGUUCGUGAUGUUGCCGGCGGACUGCAGGCCUGGAGCGAGCAGAUUGACAACAACCUCCCCAUUUACUAG